AACCCCAUCGUGUCGCUGAACAAGUGGGGACAGUACGCCAGCGACGUGCAGCUGAUCCUGCGGCGCACCGGGCCCUCCCUCAGCGAGCGGCCCACGUCGGACGGCAUGGCGCGCAUCCCCGAGAGGACGCUGUACCGGCAGAGCCUGCCCCCCCUCGCCAAGCUGAGGCCGCCCGGGGACAAGGCCAUGAAGAGGAGGGAGCCCAAGAGGAAGUCCCUCACCUUCACCGGGGGGGCCAAAGGGCUGAUGGACAUCUUCGGGAAAAGCAAGGAGUCAGAGUUCAAGCAAAAGGUGCUCAACAACUGUAAAACGACGGCGGACGAGUUGAAGAAACUGAUCCACCUGCAGACGGAGAAGCUCCAGUGCAUCGAGAAACAGCUGGAGUCCAACGACGCCGAGAUCCGCUACUGGGAACAAAAGUAUAACUCCAGCCUGGAAGAGGAGAUCCUCAAGCUAGAGCAGAAGAUCAAAAGGAACGAAGUGGAGAUUGAAGAGGAAGAGUUCUGGGAGAACGAGCUGCAGAUUGAGCAGGAGAACGAAAAGCAGCUGAAGGAGCAGCUCCAGGAGAUGAGGCAGAGGAUCCUAGAGUGCGAGAGCAAGCUGAAGGACUACGUGUCUCAGAUCCACAACAUGGAGAGCGGCCUCGAAGCCGAGAAGCUGCAGCGGGAAGUUCAGGAGUCCCAGGUGAAUGAGGAAGAGGUCAAGGAAAAGAUCGAGAAGGUGAAGGGCGAAAUCGACAUUCAGGGCCAGCAGAGCCUGAGGCUGGAAAAUGGCAUUAAAGCUGUAGAAAGGUCUUUGGGCCAAGCUACCAAACGGUUACAGGACAGGGAGCAAGAGCUGGAGCAGCUGACGAAGGAGCUGCGGCAGGUCAACCUGCAGCAGUUCAUCCAGCAGACGGGGACGAAGGUGACGGUGCUGCCGGCAGACCCCGUGGAGGUGGAGGCCCCGCAUGUGGAGCUCGAGAGAGAGCCCACGUUCCAGUGCGGGUCCCUGAAGCGCCCGGGCUCCUCGCGGCAGCUGCCCAGCAACCUGCGCAUCCUGCAGAACCCCCUGUCGGCCGGCUUCAACCCCGAGGGCAUUUACGUAUGACAGCACAUACCUCUUCUGCAGAGGGCCUGCCAAGGUACCCUGGACAAGACACACUUCCGUUUUAUUCUGCCAAUGAUGAAUGGAAGAAGAUUAUUUUUUUUUAAUUAUUUUUUUGUUAAGCCACCAAUCUUUUUCUUAUUCCUCCAACACAC